AUGGCGCCGACGGCUGGCUUCCGAAGCCAGCGUACGAUUGAGAUGAUCAAGCGCGGCAAACGCUUUGUCAGACGGCAUGUUGGAACUGAUACAUUGAUGUCAGUGAUGAAUCUUCGACGGUCGAUGGGCCAGACUCUUCGCCAUCUUGUGGAGCUCAAUCAUCGUUCUGAGAUGCACUUCAUGCUUGUGGCGUAUGAUCCGCGGCCUGACAAUCCAUCUCUCACUUUCUACGGCUCCAAGGACCUCGUUCGGGCAGGAUUAAAGUCAAACUUGAAAGAUGAAAUAUGCCACGAGAACCCACCAAAAACACAUCUAAAGAAUACAUUGAGAGUUCCUGUCUUUUCUCCAAGAGAUUCCAGUGAAUUGGAAGAGUUGGCUGAGAAGGAAUCGGAAGAAAGUUCGCUGACCCAAUAUUUUUAUAAGGAGAUGCAGCGGUGCACAUUUCCGAUGCUUUUCUUUAAACCAAAGGCAAGCGAAACCUGGUUGCCGCGUGAGAAAUUGGCGUUCUGGCCGCCUGACCUCAAAAUAAGCACGUUGCACGAUCCAGAAUUUGGCCAACGGACCGAUGAACAACGAUUUGCCUCAAAGGUCGAUUGUAUCAUGUACAUAUUGGAAUACAUUCGUGCCUAUUACUACAAUGUUGUGUUGCGUUCUAUGCAGCUGCAUCUUCAAAAUACGGAGGACGGCUUCAUCUUCACGAACCAGGACGAUUUUACCGAUGAACAAGUAGAGGUGGCAAGCGAGAUUGUCAAUCGUGAGCUCUGUACUCGGCUGUUCGUCUCUUGGGUUUUGAACCCGCUGAGGAAUACGUUAGACGAGAAGGUUGCACCGGAAGAACAAAUCCAGGGAGCUGCUGAUGAAUCCGAUGAAAUUUACACUGAGGAUGAACGUAUCGAUGUAUGUGGUGAAGAGACGGUCUCCACUGAUCCCGAGCCCCAUCCUCGCCCAUCAACCAGCCAGGAAACGCAACAUACGACAGUCAAUACGGUGACGACUUCACCCGGCACGAAGACGAUAAUGUUCGGUGACAGGAGGGUGACAUUACGGCGCUUGGCAAAGCCCACAUUUGUGCGUGCCUCAGCCUCUGAAUGUAUCCCUCAACGUGCGGCACCCGUGGCACGUGUACCACCUCAGCCCAUUCGUUAUAUCAGGGUGCCCUCGAGUCGUGUCUUUGGCGGCGAACCACCGUUAAAACAGAUGUCGCUUUCCGUGGGCCCUGGAACUUCGCGUCAACAGUCGCUUGUACAUCCGCCUGAAGUACAAUACGUUGUCAAUGAAGAGACGAUAUCUACCACCGGCACCUACACAAAUAUGCAAGCUCCUCCGGAGUUCUGCUAUGUGACGGAGACGAUACCCGAUUUUCAUCCAACCCAACAAUUAUCACAUUGGAAAGACGGGCCACCAAAUAACGGU